GGGCUGUGUUCUCCAAGUCAAAGAAAGAUUUCUUGGGGAACCGGCCAACCAAGAAAAAGCCACCACUCCUCCUUCCACCACCUCUUCCUUUUCUUUAUUAUCAUCAGGUGCUAUUCCUUUUUUAACUUUGAAUAAUUUCUUUUCAUUAAAUUUUCAUUUACAAGAUACCCCAAUGACUAAAUGCUGCUUUCGUUUGUGUUUGUCAACAAUAAAACUUUCAAACCCUUUUCCAUAUCGUUUUCAUAGUAAUAAUAUUUAUGAAGCAGUUUUUAAUAAUUAAGCAAAUUUUUAUCAUUGUUAUUCCAAAAACAUAAUUAACCUUGUAUUAGUUAGUCUUGAUAUAUAGUAUAUGGUGAAUUUCUAAAUAAAUAUCAAAUAAACUUCCAUGUUAAGUUAGUCAUAUUUUUCCUCUCCAAAUGUGUAUCGAAUUUCAAAACCUCCUUUCAUAUAUUCACUUUUGCUGAAGCUUCUGCUGCUAUACCUUUCUCUUUCCUCCUCCUCCCUUCUUUAGCUAGCCUUGGUGCUGGUUCAUGGAUAUUGAACCCUUGCGGGCUUUGGGGGGGUGGUUUAUUUCUCUUGAUAAUUGCAUGGCAGCACCUAAAACACCAUCAAAUUUUUCUGUAACAACCUCAAAAUCCCACUUUCUGUAUCUCCUUUUUGCCCUUUUCUGCAUUUUUCUCAUCCUGCUAAGCUCUAGCUAUCAUGAAAACCUUUCAAAAAUGUCUCCCUCAAUUACCCACCAAAACAAUAGGUUCCUCUUAGAAUCCUCUGAGUCAUCAUCGUCAUCUACAACAGCUACCAUGAAUUUGCAUCCCGAACAAACCAAAAACAAGGCUGCAAAAAGAGAGUAUGAAGCUGCAGCUCAUGAAGUUCCCAGCGGACCAAACCCCAUUUCAAACAGGUAAGUUUGGAACUGGACCACCAUGAACCGGUUGAAGAUGAGAAAGCCUUAACGGACGAAGUUAUUAUGAAACUGUAAUCAGUAUGACCGUUGUCUCAAUAGGUUUGUUGUCUUUGUUAUUAUUUUAUGAUGAAAAAUGUAUAGCAAGAGAGAUAUUCUAUAUAUUUUUCUAUAUGCAUGUAUUUACCUAUUUGUUUCAUAUAUAGAUGAUGUGGUGUAAGUUAUUUGGUGUUUCA